AUGUCUCGAUGAUGUCGCGAGAACUUCACAAUCUGAAUCGUCUGAAUUCAGAGAUGUAGAAUAAUAACUUUCAGACCAUAACAGUCGGACAAGGAUACAACAACCUCUAAUCGAUAUCAGAUAGACUGAGUGUUGCGCACUGUGGUGCGCAUGCGUUUAACGGUGCCAUGAAGGUAAAGGUGAUCUCCAUACUGGAGGACAACUACAUGUACCUGGUGAUUGACGAGCAGAGUAAACGGGCCGUAGCUGUGGACCCUGCUGUACCACACCGGCUGCUAGAAAUAGUGAAGAGAGAGGGCUUGUCUCUGACAGCUGUCCUCACCACACACCAUCACUGGGACCAUGCUCGGGGGAAUGAGGCUCUGUUGAAGGAGGUUCCUGGGCUGAGGGUGUAUGGGGGAGACGAUCGGAUCGGGGGUCUGACGGAUAAAGUAACUGACGCCCAGGAACUCAAGUUUAACUCCAUCAAUGUGAGGUGCCUAUUCACUCCCUGCCAUACCUCUGGGCACAUGUGCUACUUUGUUUGGGAGGAUGAGUGCACUGACGCCCCUGCUGUGUUCACAGGGGAUACAUUGUUUAUCAGUGGAUGCGGGCGGUUUCUUGAGGGCACAGCAGAACAGAUGUACCACAAUCUCACCCAGGUGCUGGGCUCCCUACCUCAAGACACGAAGGUGUUCUGUGGACACGAGUACACCAUUAAGAACCUGAAAUUUGCCAUGCUGGUGGAGCCAGAGAAUGAAAAGGUUAAAGAGAUGCUGAGCUGGGCCAGGGCGAGAGAUGAUGAUGACAAACCCACAGUGCCUUCUACCCUAAUGGAGGAGUUUGAGUACAACCCUUUUCUUCGCCUCUCAAAGGAAGGAGUACAAAAGUUCACUGGAAAGACAGACCCCAUAGAGGUGCUGAGGGUCCUGCGGAAGGAGAGGGACACAUUUAAGAAGCCCAAGCAGAGGCUUCCUCCCCAUGCCAUGUUGGCUUUGGAGUGGGGGCUUCUCAGACCCUGAGAUCCAGUUUCAGAGAUCUGAACAUACUCAACUAUCAAGGAGAGAUAGUUUGAAUGACUGAAUGCAGCAAGACACAACUCUGUAGAGUGUUAUGUGUUGCUCUAACCCUCAAUGUAACCAAUGUAUACUACUGGGAACCUGGUUGACCAUAAUGUGUGUGUUGUUUAAGUAAUAAUGAAACAAUGACUGCACAAAGAAGGCAGUGUAAAGCUGCUUUCAUUAAAUAUUCCUACAAGCUAAA